AUGCAGCGGACUAAAGCGUCUGUGAGUGUGGAGGUGAAGCAGGUGAUUGGAGCUCUGUGCAGACUUCUAGCGGCAGUCGGCGUGGACUCUGUGCCCGCACCGGAGAGCUUCAGACGGGCGAAGUUCGGUGGUGGAGCCGAGGAGGACCAGUUUUGGCAGCUUCUUUCCAGCAUCCUUCAGAAAGCUGGUGUUGUUCCGUCUGAAGCCGGCUCACAGCUCGGAGGAGAGCACAGAAAGUGGGUGGCUGCAGGCCUGUGGCAGACUGGCUACCAUGCUGACUGGAUGUAUGAGAGCGAGGGAGGAGAUGCAGAGGGGGGAAGGAGUUUGUCCAGCAGAGAUCUGCUCCUGGCGCUCGGCUGGCUGCUCGCGAGUGGAACACUGGAGAAACUGCUGACACAGCGAGUACAGCAACUGGACAAAACACUGCUCACAUCUGUACCUGUGAACCUUCACCUUUCCAAUGAGUUUCAGUCUGACUCUGCCUCCCUGAGGAGACUUCAGUGGCUCACAGGGUGUCUGAGACACCAGGGAAGGAUCCUGCUGUCCAUGCUACAAGAGCGAACCCGACUGCUUCAUGCUGUUUUUUCUGCCAACCUCUCCUCCACUGCAUCUUCGUCUUCUAGCCAAAGCUCUACAGUGUUAAAAGAGGACUGCAGUUGCAUCCGGCAGCUCUGUGACCUUCUAGAAGCAUAUCUGAACUGGACACAGGUGGAGAAAGUCUUCUGGACGUGGAUGGACAGUGUGGUGGACUGCCAUCUGACUGGUCCUGUUGUCAAAAGGCCUACACAUACACCCAGUGGGAAUCUGAGAGUGUGUCACCACGGAACCUGGGGGCUGGAGAAGCUGGAGGACAUGUUGUUGAGACUUCCUACUGCACAGGAGUGCAACACACACACAUCCAUUAGAACACAGGUUAGUGUUUUCAUUGCAUCUAUCCUCUAUUCUCUGUCUUCCCAGGAAGGCCAGAGGAGAGGCAGAGGGGAUGUUAAGGACAGAGAAGGAGGAGAGAAGGGGCAGGCUGGACUGGAUGCCUCCUUCCUCCCUCCUUUUAUCUCCUCUCUUCCCUCUGUGCCCGCCCUCAGUCAGGUCUGCCGAGCCAGACUCAGAGUUGAGAAGCCAGUCAGACACAGAAGCUGCACUGCUGAGGACGUCCACAGUGGUGCUGAGGCUCCAUGUGAGCUGCCGGUGUCUCAGGCUGCAGAGAUGCUGCUUCAUGCUGAGACUCUGCUGCUGGAGAGGAGGGACAGGCAGCGACAGGCCAACAGGACACAGCUGCAGGAGAUGAUUGGCAGGCAGGAUUUACUGGUGUUGAUACCACCUUAGAUGUUUAGUUUAUAUUUGGAAGAUGACAUUUUGCAGUAGUGAAUGAGAUGCUCCUGUCAAAUUUAAAAGGACCUGUCUAUGAGAUAUGUGUUUAUUUUGUGGGGGACAUGUUAUAAUAUUCAAGUCUUUAGCUUUGAGAUUCAACAUGGAUUUCUUUUUUUUUUUUUUUUCAUUUGCCAACAAUUCACAUGACAGUUGAAACCAAAUAUUUUGUUGCAUGUUUUCACAUUCUCAAGGAAAUAAACUUAGAACAUAAGCUUAGUGUAGCACAAAGUGUCAGAGUGCUUCACAGAUCCAAGAAACAAACAACACAUACAAUCAAGACAAAUUAGGAAAAACAAAGAACAUUAAAUGAAAUCAUUCAUUGUAAUUAAGAAAAAGCAUUCCUACAUUUUCUAACAUGACUUUCAAUAAAUGUAACAAUAAAUUCAUAUUCCUACAUUGUAGAUUAAAUGAAAAAUGAAAUGAAAAAU